CCCUCUGCCACUCACCCACAUUCCUCAGCCCAGUAGACAGGAGGAGCAGACGCAACACCUAGCUGGAGGGGCAGGAUGGAGGGGCCUGUGUUAGCGCUGGGGCUGCUGGCCGCCCUGGUGGUGUGCGGCAGCUGGGGUCUCAAUGAGGAGGAGCGGCUGAUCCAGCACCUGUUUAAGGAGAAGGGCUACAACAAGGAGCUCCGGCCGGUGGCUCGCCCAGAGGACAGUGUGGAGAUCACACUGGCCCUGACCCUAUCCAACCUCAUCUCCCUGAAGGAAGUCGAGGAGACCCUCACCACGAAUGUGUGGAUUGAGCACGGCUGGAUGGACAGCCGGCUGCAGUGGGACGCCGAAGACUUCGGGAACAUCAGCGUGCUGCGCCUGCCGCCUCACAUGCUGUGGCUCCCGGAGAUCGUGCUGGAGAACAACAAUGACGGCUCCUUCGAGAUUUCCUACUCCUGCAACACGCUGAUCUAUCCUUCGGGCUCCGUGUACUGGCUGCCGCCCGCCAUCUUCCGCUCUUCUUGCCCCAUCUCUGUCACUUACUUCCCCUUCGACUGGCAGAACUGCUCGCUCAAGUUCAGUUCCCUCAAGUACACGGCCAAGGAGAUCACCCUGAGCCUGAAGCAGGAGGAAGAAGGGAACCACUCGUACCCCGUGGAGUGGAUCAUCAUCGACCCCGAGGGCUUCACAGAGAACGGGGAGUGGGAGAUAGUGCACCGGCCGGCCAGGGUCAACGUGGACCCCAGCACCCCUCUGGACAGUCCCAGCCACCAGGAUGUCACCUUCUACCUCAUCAUCCGCCGCAAGCCCCUCUUCUACAUCAUCAACAUCCUGGUGCCCUGCGUGCUCAUCUCCUUCAUGAUCAACCUGGUCUUCUACCUGCCGGCCGACUGUGGCGAGAAGACGUCAGUGGCGAUCUCAGUGCUCCUGGCGCAGUCUGUCUUCCUGCUGCUCAUCUCCAAGCGGCUGCCCCCGACGUCCAUAGCCAUCCCCCUCAUCGGCAAGUUCCUGCUCUUCGGCAUGGUGCUGGUGACCAUCGUGGUCGUGGUCUGCGUCGUGGUGCUCAACAUCCACUUCCGCACCCCCAGCACCCACGUGCUGUCCGAGGGCGUCAAGAAGCUUUUCCUGGAGACCCUGCCCAAAAUCCUGCACAUGUCCCUCCCGGAGGAGGGCUCGCCCGGCCCCGGGGCCCUGGUGCGCCGCAGCAGCUCCCUGGGCUACAUCUCCAAGGCCGAGGAGUACUUCUCCCUCAAGUCCCGGAGCGACCUCAUGUUCGAGAAGCAGUCGGAGCGGCACGGGCUGGCCCGGCGCCUCACCGUGGCCCGCCAGCCCCCAGGGGGCUCUGAGCAGGCCCAGCAGGAGCUGUACAGUGAGCUGAGGCCAGCUGUGGAGGGCGCCAACUUCAUCGUGGGCCACGUGAGGGACCAGAACAACUACAGCGAGGAGAAGGACUGCUGGAACCGGGUGGCCCGCACGGUGGACCGACUCUGCCUGUCUGUGGUGACGCCCAUCAUGGUGGUGGGCACGGCCUGGAUCUUCCUGCAGGGUGCCUACAACACCCCCCCACCGCAGCCCUUCCCCGGGGACGCCUUCUCCUACCGGGAGCAGGACAAGCGCUUCCUUUAGAGCAGGCCGCCCUGCCCGCCUGGCCCCGCCCCCAGGGCAGCUUCCGUGGGGCUGUGGGCCUGAAGGGGAUGGGCCUCCAGGGGUGGCAGGGAUGCCUAAGGAGGGGCGAGCUCUUCAGGGAGGUGCCCCCAGCCCUGAGACUUGACCCCUUUGGUCCUGCAAGGCCGGCAUGAGAUUCACUCCUGAGACCCAGAAGAGGCAGGAGAAGGCCCAGUCUCAGUGAGUGAAGACAGGAGCCAGCAAAAGUCUGAGAGUGGGCACCAGCUGGGGGGUGGGCAAGCAGGGGCCUCGUCCAGUGCCACUCAGGCUGGUCUUUUGGGGCCCCUCUGUGAGAAAGACAGAGGCCUCUUCUUGCCUCCCCUCCCGCACAUGGGGGUAACGGUGGUGGGCCCUCACUUCCUGGCUCCUCAAGCUUCCCUGCUCCUGCCUCCCCUGCAGCCUUGAGGUCCCGCCCCCCGGAGGCAAGGUUGGGGGCACCUCCCUCUCCAGACCCUUUAGAAAAGCAGGUUUGGGGCAGGAGCUGCAGAAUGGCCUUUCUGCCAUGGCCUCUCUGGCUGGGUCCCUGUGGGAAGCUAGGGGCUGGGGUGGAAGGCUGGUCCAGCAGCCACGGAGGCCAAAGGUCAGCCUAGAGCCUCAGGACUCAGCCCCUCCCCCACCAGUGGUGUCCCCUCUUUGUCAUCUAUUCUCCUCCAAAGUAGGGUUGCCAGGCAAGAUUUGAGAUUACUUAUACUAAAAAAUGUAUUCCUAUUCAUCCGAAAUUCAAAUUUAACCGGGCAUUUCAUGUAUUUAUUUGCCAAAACUAGCAACUCUACCCCAAAGGGAUCUCCCACCAGUCUUAUCCCAAGGGCCAGAGGCCGAGGCUGGAGGAGCUGGGAGAUGCGGCUGUGAGAGGCAGCCCACCUCCAGGGCGGCCCCAGUGGUCCCUGCCUCCUGGACAGCGCCCUCUGCACCCGCACCAUCGGGGUUGGUCUGUGUGACAACAGAAUGAGGGGGGAGUGACGGUGUGUCACUCCCGAGGUCAGGUUGUAGAAGACAUGGUGGCACCCCCUUCUCGCUGUCCUUCCUUCCCUCUCGCUUUCACCUGGGGAGCCAGGAGGCCCCUGGUGCAC